AUGUUUGUUUAUCUAGAAUUUCUUGUAAUUGAAGCGAUAUUUGAUUUUUCAUAUACUGGUAGUUCCCAGACUAAAUCUCUUGAAAUUGGAUACUAUAAAUUAGAAGUUUGGGGUGCACAGGGUGGUGGAUCUUUAAACUCUCAAUCUGGUGUAGGAGGAAAAGGAGGUUAUUCUGUUGGUUAUUUAACGCUAUCUGAGGCCACAACAGUCUAUAUACAAGUUGGAGGUGUUGGAAAAGGAGUAGCAUCUGGAUUGGCAGAAGGUGGAUACAAUGGAGGUGGAUGUGCUUGGGGAACUGAUUCAAAUGAUCCAGCACAUGGUGGUGGAGGUGGCACAGACAUCAGAAUCAAGGAAGAUAGCAUUUAUUCGCGUGUAAUUGUUGCAGGAGGUGGUGGACAAGAUGCCCAAACAGGAGGUUUUGGAGGUGGUCUAACUGGAAGUGGAAGUUAUCCUGGUACUCAAACUUCAUCAUCAUAUGGAGGUGAUUUCUUUCAAGGAGCACAUACUGCACGUGAUGGAGGUGGUGGCGGUGGAGGUACUGUUGCUGGCUCUCAAACAAAACCAACAGGAAAUAAUGAAGGUGAUACUAAUGGAGGUAGUGGAGGUAGCGGUUAUGUUUACACAGAAUCAACAGCAAAAGACUAUCCAAGUGAAUGCAAACUAACAUCGAAAUACUGCUUGACAAAUGCAUCUACAACUGGUGGAAAUCAACAAAUCACAGAACCAAGCGGAACAAAAUCAACCGGACAUUCAGGAAAUGGAUUUGCAAGAAUUACUUUAUUUGAUGGCUUUGUUUACUCUCAAAAUGAAAAUGAAUGGAUUGUUUCAGGUUUUAGCAAUAAUUGCAUCAAUAAUGUCGAAAUCAAGUCAACUGUGUUUGGAAGUAAUGUUAUUUCCAUUGGAGAAAAUGUAUUUAGAGGUCAAAAUUGUAUAGAAAAAGUGACAAUUUCAGAAACUAUCAGAGAAAUUGGUUCAAACGCAUUUGAAAGCUGUGUAAAUCUUGUGACUGUCUCAUUCCCUUAUCCAUCAUCGCUCAUUUCAAUUGGAAAUUCGGCAUUCGAACACGGCAAAAUUCAAAUUAUGAAUAUUUCGCAUUGUUUAAAUUUGAUUUCAUUUGAUGAUUGUGUGUUCAAAGAUUGUUAUAAUCUCCAGUACAUUUACUUUCCACCAUCUCUUAAAACAAUUGGUAGUUCUUGUUUUGAAAAUUGUAUUUCAUUGAAGUACAUAGAUCUCCCAUACAAAAUUCGGUCAAUUGGUGAUUCGUGUUUUCUGAGUUGUUAUUCCCUUAGAUAUGUCAACAUUCCUCCCACAGUUUCUGCAGUAUUACAGUAUACAUUUGCUCAUACUCCAUUAGAAGUAGUCCGAUUCAGAGCAAAGACUACAAUAUACGGAAAUGCUUUCUAUAACUGUUCCAACCUUACAAGUGUUACAUUAUCUGAUAGUUCCGAAAUUAUGCCUGAUGCAUUCUCUCUCUAUCCAAAUAUAACUAAGAUUUUCUUGUCCGAACUUGUUACAUUACACGAAAAUUCAUUUAGUUCUAUCACUCCUUCUGUUUUUUAUCUUGGAUUAAUCAAUAUUUGUCCAGACCAAAGUCGAAUUGAGUUGAGUAAGUUUAAUUUAAAUAUAGUUAAUGUUCAAAAUAAUUAUGAAUAUGAUGAUUAUGCCGGUAUUAAUGUAUAUCGUAUGUAA